AUUAUUAUGUCUUCUGUCACGGUCUCCAUCCUGCACUCUGAGCGGAUAUUUCCCAGGACGAAGCAGGACUCGGAGGAAACGAUAGCUCUCUCGCUGCUGGAUGCGACUACGGUUAAUUUUGCGCAUACCUGCUCGACCUGGCUGUGUGAAGCCCCCGAGACUGCCGCAGGACCUGAAUUUGACCUAGCAGACCAUCUGCGCCAGUCGCUCCGGGUGGCCUUAGAUGCCUACCCACAAUGGUGUGGCCGUAUCAAUGCUAUAACCACCCUCGACGGUGCGGCAGGGCCUCAUACGCAGCGUUUUGGCCGAGUUUAUGUUCAGUAUGGAACCCCUCAGGACCCCGGGGUAGAGUUCAGAGUUGCCGAAACUACGACCACUCUUGAUACUGUCUGUCCGGCCUUGAGAGCAGUGGAUCAGCCUGUCUGGAACCGUCAGGAGAUACCACCAGAGAAGUUCGUUCCUUCAACGCCUCUGUCUAAUGCACUGCAGCCUGAUGUUCUAGAUGAUGCCGGUCUCUUCCCGCCUUUGCUAGCUAUUCAGUUAACGAACUUAGCCUGUGGCGGCUUCAUUUUGACUGUCAAGAUCGUUCAUCCACUGGCAGAUAUUCAGUCUCUGGUGUACUUCGUAAAGGACUGGGCUAGUGUCAGUAGGUCGAUCCUCUCGAACACGCCAUGUCCAACCCUGAAUCCCCUGUUUGAGCCUGGGUUGCUAGACUCUUUAGCUGCAGGUGAUAUUGAUGCCGUCGAGCCAGACAUGGCUAUUAUCCAAAGGGCCAAAAGUAUGCCUCUCCAUCGCUAUGACUGGUGGGCAUCUUCACCCAAUUCCCCUUGGCCCGUAAAGGUACCAGAGGCUUUAGCCGGCAAGAUGCUAUCUCCGGCUGGUAAACCGAUGCCGUGGUCGGAAUGGAACAUAACUGAGCCAGUCUCACACUAUGUUGUUCACCUCGGCAUCAAGUAG